AUGACCUCAAGCCACACAGAAAAUGCAGCACCUGCCGUCUUUCGUGGUGUGAAUGAUGCGCCACGAGGAAGUGCCCAGCACCCAGCAGCAGUGUGGGAAGCGCACAAGGCUGAAAUACGGCGGCUUUACAUGAAUGAACGAAAACCACUCAGAGAAAUCAUCAGUAUCAUGGCUGGAAAGGGGUUUUGCGCAACACCACAUAUGUAUAAGAGGAAAAUAAAGCAAUGGGAGCUUGUCAAAAACAACAAUACACGCACUCGCCUACCACAGCGACCGAAACACAGCAGAGCCUCAACAGACGACGAGGAUGCGUGUGAUGACAAAGAAGGUUCGAGAUCACGAGAAACGGGAUCCACUCCAGCUGGAGAGACUUCCGGAGCACCUCACGGGUUGAUCCUUGCCAGCCCGCAGUAUGCGUAUGACCAUCAUCCAAUGACCAUUAUAUCCUUACCAGAUCCUAUCAAAUUCAGGCAAGGUCUAAUUGGCGGUUUUCGGCAGCUUCUCCUGCGCCAUUACAGUCUGGAACCUAUCCUGAACAGUGGAAUCGCACCGUAUCUUGGCCACAUUGUGAGCGAGUCGCGCCAAUCCAUCAAUGGAAUCAUCCAAUCAUCUUGGUUUUUUGCAGGCAAGCAAAACGAAGAUGGGCGCAAAUUUGCAGAAAGGGGCUUCAACACGCUCUUGGAUCUUUUUCGAGACCAAGACUUCUAUUCCUUGAUUUACCUGUUCAUCAGUCUUCCCCGACUCAAAGACUCUGGGUUGAUGCAGCUCCUUUGGAACUGCCUGGCUUACAACGCAAGCGACAGUAGGAUUUUGGGGAGGUCACACUCGUUGUCCAUUCUUCUUCAAUUGAUACGUGAUUUCUAUCAUAUCCGUGGUGCUGCCGAACUCACAUUUGCCGUCCAUGAUGCGAUGAAGGCAAUUUUCCAGAUUGUCGAGAGCAUGGACAACGUCGACGAUUUCGCCAUGACUUGGCUCAAGUGCGACUAUGCUUGGAGUAUGGCAGGCUUCGACUCUUUAUGGGUGCAGAAGGUAGAAAAGGAGAUAAUGUUUCUUCGUGACUCCUUGUGUGGAGAAGUAGGGCAGAGGGAGGUUCAGAUUUGGUCUGCCGCUAUGAGCCUCCAUCUCAAGUACGUUCAGCGCGUGGAGGACAACAGCAGUCCCUUGGACGAACUACGACCCGAAGAUUUUGUGAACAGCUUACAUUCGCUAGACGGUAAACCUUAUGAUAAGGAUACCCUCCAGCUGAUGUGUUUCCAGACUAUGAGCCAGUAUCAGCGAGCACUUUGGGCGAGUCGACAACUCGGCGGCUCUUCCACAAGUGCCCGAAUGGAGAGCUUCUCUCUCAUCGAUACAGCAAUUGACAAAAUGAACUCGCUUGUGGGACGAUCGAUCAAGAUCGACGAUAUUCGACGGCUGGAAAGCCAUCGUGGGCAAGCAGAUCGAUGGGAAGAGGUAGAGUCAGCGAAAAUUAAGUGGGUUAUGGGGUUGUGGAUGCUGCAAGAGUGA